GGAUGCAGGGGAGGAGGGAGCUGAGGCUAUUUAAAGAGGGUCAUCCAGUCACGGAUAAAUAGCAGAAGGUCCUGGUCGCUGACGAACCGCCUCUAAAUGGUUUUCAUCCUGCACUGUGUCUCUGUCUACUUCUUGUGUAUUUGUCCAGACUGAAGCUGUGACAACCAUCCGUCGACCAUCUCUCCAUACAGGGCUAUUCUCCUAUUUUUUAAAAUUCUUUAUUAUAAGGGAAUACGUGAAAAAUGGGUAAAGAUUACUAUAAAACGCUGGGUAUCUCCAAAGGAGCCACAGACGAGGAUAUUAAAAAAGCUUACAGAAAACAAGCGUUGAAAUGGCACCCGGACAAAAACAAGUCUGCAGCAGCCGAGGAGAAAUUUAAGGAAAUCGCUGAGGCAUAUGAAGUCCUCAGUGAUCCGAAGAAAAGAGAAGUUUAUGAUCAGUAUGGAGAGGAAGGUCUCAAGGGAGGAAACGGGCCCACUGGUGAAGGACCAGGCAACACCUUCACCUACACCUUCCACGGGGACCCUCACGCCACCUUUGCCACUUUCUUCGGGGGUUCGAACCCCUUCGACAUGUUUUUCGGGCGUAAAGCCAAUGGCCGAGACGACGACGACAUGGAGGUGGACGGAAACGACCCCUUCGGCUCCUUCACCAACUUCAACAUGAAUGGAUUCCCUCGGGACGGGCACGUCGGCCCCGGAGGGCAGCAGCGCCGGAAGCAGGACCCGGCCAUCAUCCACGAACUGAGGGUCACCCUGGAGGAGGUCUUCCACGGCUGCACCAAGAGGAUGAAAAUCUCCCGCAAAAGGGUUAAUCAAGACGGCAGGACCAUGCGCAACGAGGAUAAGAUUCUCACUAUCGAGAUCAAGCGUGGCUGGAAAGAGGGAACCAAGAUCACGUUCCCGCGGGAAGGGGACGAGUCGUCCAAUACCAUUCCUGCGGACAUUGUUUUCGUCAUCAAGGACAAGCCCCACCCUCACUUUAGGCGGGAGGGCUCGAACAUUGUGUAUCCUGUGCGCGUGAGCUUACGACAGUCAUUGUGCGGAUGCUCGGUCACCGUGUCGACGAUAGACGGGAAUACGUGCAACAUGAAGAUCACGGACGUCAUCAAGCCUGGCAUGAGAAAGACUGUGGCCGGACAGGGUCUCCCCUUACCCAAAAACCCCGAGCAGAGAGGAGACCUGGUGGUGGAGCUUGACGUUAACUUUCCUGAGACGUUGCCCGGCAAUGCCAAGGACGUCCUGAAACGGCAUUUACCUGCUUAGGACGAAGGACACGGACUGAAGGAGGAGAGAAAACCACAUGAACACACACACACACACACACACACACACACACACACACACACACACACACACACACACAAGGACAGAUCUGAGAGUUAACAGAUGGACCCCCCCUAUGACGAAUGUGCAAUUUCUAUUUUUGAGUGAUGUGGUGUUUUUAUAAACGCCAUGCAUGCUGCAGAGUUGAUACAAGUGAAAGACUGUCUGGGUUGUUAUAUAUAUAUAUAUAUAUAUAUAUAUAUCUGAAAGAAACCCAUUUUAUGUAUGUGGCCACAAUCACUCUUAUCUUUUAGUUUGUUGGAAAUAUUUUGUAGUGAGUGAGUCAACAGUUGCCAAAAAAAAAAAGAAUCCUUUCGCUGGGAAAACAUUGCAGUGCCAAACCUUUCCUUCUGACAGGC